CUUUUGUUGAUGGUUUUCUUGUCUUCACUCAGUAUGAGAUAAUGUCCUUUAGGCUCUAGAGUCGCCGUCGUAUACGCUCACUAAAAGUACAAUAACAGAACGGAUAAAUGCACUUUUGUCAAGCGCAAAAGAGCAUGAGAUAUGUUUGAUGAUCAACAAAUUCCAUUGUGGUUCCGAAGACUUGUUCUCAACCAAGGUUUUCGUCGAUUCCUGAAGCGACUCUUGCCGAUUACAUUAGGAACUGUGAUUGUUCUUAUCAUAUUGUACGAAAUAUCGUCAUCUAUUGAUUCCACAGAUGAAGUUACGCAUCAUCAAGUUUUCCUGUUUAUUUCAGAAAUAUCGUCAUCUAUUGAUUCCACAGAUGAAGUUACGCAUCAUCAAGUUUUUAACUACAGUAGGAUAAGUUGGGCUCGAGCGGCAGAUGUUAAAGUUUUGGUUAAUAACUCUGUCGCUCAGUCGUUGAAGGACAAGAUUAAAAUUCUCUGUCUGGUGCUAACAGUGUUGGGCCAUCAGGAAUCUCAAGCCCUGGCUGUGAACAUAACCUGGGGAUCACGCUGCACUCUGCUGUUGUUUGUGACCUCCAAACCACUGGCCGACCUGCCACACAUCGUGUUAAACAUUCCCGACAACAAGCGCCACCGUACCGCAAAAACAGUCUCCAUGUUUGAGUAUGCCUACCAGAGAUAUAUCGACGAUUUCGAUUGGUUCCUUAAAGCUGAUGAUGACACAUUCGUCGUUAUGGAGAAUCUGCGAUUUCUUCUGUCGCACAUUAAAGCUGACGAUUCGUCAUAUCUCGGUUUUUAUGUUCAACAGUUUGUCAGACAAGGAUAUAUGGUCGGAGGGGCUGGCUAUGUUGUUAGUCGGGGAGCGCUGAGGAUGCUGGGAAGGAAAGGUCUUCGAGAUUCGAGUAUAUGCAAGCAAGAUGGCUGGAGAGAAGACGUAGACUUCGGAAUGUGUCUAGAAAAUCGAGGCAUUCGUCCGUUUUACACCCGUGAUGUUUUUAAGAGGGAGAUGUUUUUACCUGUAAAACUGUCUUAUUUGUUGGGUUCCAAUCCCUUGAGGAAAGAAUUUGAAGAACCGAGAAAAAGAAUUAACGUUGGUCCAGCUUGCUGCAGUCAACUAACGAUUUCAUUCCACAAUGUGUCGUCCGCCGAAAUGUAUCAGCUUGAGUUCCUGCUCUAUCGGAUACAUGUGUUUGGGCGCCACGUAGAUGACGCCUUUUUUAAAGACUUUGUAAAACCAGAACCGAUUAUGACAUAAUGUUACCAGCAGUGUUUUAAAAUCAGAACCUAUUUUGACGUAUUAUUACUAGCCACUUUUUAAAACCAGAACCUAUUAUGACAUAAUGUUACCAGCAGUGUUUUAAAACCAGAACCGAUUAUGACAUAAUGUUACCAGCAGUGUUUUAAAGUCAGAACCUAUUUUGACGUAUUAUUACUAGCCACUUUUUAAAACCAGAACCUAUUGUGACAUAAUAUUUCCAGCAGUGUUUUAAAAUGAGAACCUAUUGUGACAUAAUAUUACCAGCAGUGUUUUAAAAUGAGAACCUAUUGUGACAUAAUAUUACCAGCAGUGUUUUAAAAUGAGAACCUAUUUUGAUGUAUUAUUACUAGCCACUUUUUAAAACCAGAACCUAUUCAUGUAAUGUUACUGCAACAGGGCUCGCCCUGUACAUGGCUAAAUUAGACAAUUGCUAAUGUUUAUACAAAAUGGCUAAAAAAAAUUGACUUUGGAUAGUAAAAUAUUCCUCAAAUUAACCACAUUUUAACGAUUUUCAAGGAAGUACCGGUAUGCUACAUUUCUGAAAAUUGGCUAAACCAAAAACAUUUUCCAGAGUGAGCCCUGCUGCAAUUGUUUUUAAAACCAGAUAUUUUACCAGCUGCUUUAAAAGUAGAACAUAUUGUGACAUAAUAGUAAUAGAAGUGAGAUUUAAAACAAGAACCUAUUCUGACAUAAUAUUAUGAGCAGUGUUUUACAACCAGAACCUAUUUUGACAUAAUAUUACCAGCAUGUUUUAAAAGCAGAACCUAUUGUGACAUAAUAUAUGUUUUCACCAGUGUUAUAGAACCAGAACCUAUUGUGACAUAAUAUUACCAGAAACAUUUAAAAAUAGAACUUAUUGACAUAUAAUGUUUCCAGCCAUUGUGACAUAUUAUUACAUAUACUAUAACCAGUAUUUGUUGUGACAUAAUAUUACUAGUAAAAUUUAAAACAUUAACCUAUUGAGAUAUAAUGUUUCUAGCCGGGUUUUAAGAUCAGAACCUAUUAUGACUUUAUAUUACCAGCAGUAUUUUAUAACCAGAAUAUAUUGUGACAUAAUAUUACCAGCCUCAUUUUAAAACCAGAACCUGUUGUGACAUAACAUAUGUUUCAGGCAUGUUUUAGAACCAGAACCUGUUAUGACAUAACAUAUGUUUCAGGCAUGUUUUAAAACCAGAACCUGUUGUGACAUAACACAUGUUUCAGGCAUGUUUUAAAACUAGAACCUGUUCAUUUAAUGCUACCACAAAAAUUUAAAACCAGCACCUAUUGUGAUCAAUGUUUCCAGCCAUCAUAUUUUAAAACGAAUAUAAUAUUACCAACAGUAUUUUAUGAGCAAAACCUGUUCUGACAUAAUAUUAGCAGCCAUGUUUUAUGAGCAAAACCAGUUGUGACAAAAAUAAUAAUAUUGGCAGCCAUGUUUUAUGAGCAAAACCACUUGUGACAUAAUAUUGGCAGCCAUGUUUUAUGAGCAAAACCAGUUGUGACAUAAUAUUGGCAGCCAUGUUUUAUGAGCAAAACCACUUGUGACAUAAUAUUGGCAGCCAUGUUUUAUGAGCAAAACCAGUUGUGACAUAAUAUUGGCAGCCAUGUUUUAUGAGCAAAACCACUUGUGACAUAAUAUUGGCAGCCAUGUUUUAAAACCAGAACCUGUUGUGAUAUAAUGUUACAAGCCAUGUAUUAAAACCAGAACCUAGUGUGACAUAUUAUUAGCAGCCAUGUUUUAAAACCAGUAUUUAUUGUUACAUGUUGUUGCCAGCAAAAUUUAAAACCAGUAGGAUCUACUCAUUGUGACAUAAUAUUACCAGCAGUCUUAAAACCAGAACCUAUUGUGACAUAUAUUACUAACCAUGUUUUAAAGCCAGAACUUAUUAUGACAUAAUGUUGCUAGACAUGUUUUAAUCCAGAACUCAUUAUGAUAUAAUGUUUCCAGUCUUAAAACCAGAACCUAUUGUGACAUAAUGUUACUAGUUAUGUUUUAAAUCUGGAACCUGACAUAUUCUUACCAGCAGUGUUUUAAAACACAAACCUACUGUGAUAUAAUAUUACUAACCAUGUUUUAAAACCAGAACCUUUUGUGACAUUAUCUUACUAGUUACUCUUGUUUUAAAACUAGAACUUGUUGUGACAUAUUCUUACCUGCAGUGUUUUAAAACCAAAUCCACUUGUGAGAUACAAUGUAACAUUACCAGCUUUAAAAAAAAAAAACCAAUUGAAUAAUAAAAUUACCACUCAUGUUUUAAAACUGGAACCUAUUGUGACAUAAUAUUAUUACCAGCCAUAUUUAAUCUGAAAGACAAAGCAGUUAUUUCUUUUUAAAAAAUCUUAUCUCUGCACAAUGCAGAGGUCAAGGGAUGUUUUAACAAGAUCUAUAGAAAAACGUUUAAAAAUCCAAAAUCAAGCUGCAAGACUUAUUUAUUACUGAAAAAAGCAAAGAAACAUCCACUGCAGAAAUAAUCAGAGAGAAUUGACUUUAGAACCUGCCCGUUUGUCUACAAAGCCCUCAACGAACUAACGCCAUCAUAUCUGGAAACAAUGUUUCAAACAACUUCUCAACUCAACAUAGUCAUCUUAAUGAAUUAAAACCAAGAAGAGAAUUUUGUCGCCAUAGUUUUUCAUGUAGGGGAGCUAAACUGUGGAACACACUACCUUCAAAGAUAAAAUAUUCUCAAUCCCUCGCCUCUUUCAAAUCCAGUUAUUUUAAGCACUAUUCAAAUAAUAAUCAAUUUUAAGAUACACCUUUGUUGAUUUUGAUGUGUUUGGUAAAAUAAUUA